AUGCAACGUUUGUUCCAAGUUGCAGCAGGAGAUCAACAAGAUGCGGACUGUGUUCUAGAAGCCUAUUUGAAGAAAAGGGUGAGGAACAUGAUGUAUCAAGUAUAUGUGGAUGCUAUCAAGGAGUACUAUAGGGAAAUAAAACACAUAGAAAUCAAAGAUGCAGUAGCGUGGCAUAUUGACCUCAAGUAUGAGCAAUACAAGCAAGAAAAGCUCGAGUGGUUGAAUGAUGAGGUGUGGCUCCUUUGUGCUUAUUGGUGCUCAGAUGAGUACAAGGAAGCUAACUUUGAACCACAGAAAGCAACCCCUAUUGAUACAUUUGCUGCGAUGAAAUCUGGCAUGAAAAGCCUAGAUAGCAAUGGUAAAUGUGGUCCAAUCAGUAGCCACAAAGCACAGAAACUCAUGGAUGACUACCUUGCUGUUGUUAAGAGGAUAGAAUGUGCAAACGAAGAGGAUGGAGACGGUGCAGACAUGGAAGUAGAUGGGCAUGAGGUUGAGCAACAACAAUAUUUAAAUGGAAAGGUGCUAUAUGAUGUGUCUAGUGGUGCCCCGAGAAAGCAUGGGCGUCUUGCCAUAGCAAAUGGUGCGGUUAAGUCUUCGGAUGUCAGGGCAGCCGAAAGGGAAAGAAGUGUGCGUCCAUCAAAUUCAGUGACUAUGCAAAACAUGUCUCGAGAAAUGGAAGAGCUACGUUGUGCAAAUGGAAGGCUGGAACGAGAGAAUCGUGAAAAGGACAACGCACUGCAGCAAAACAAAGUUCUUGUAGGCUUGGUACUAGCAUCUGGGUCUUCUCAUGCUGCCUCAGAAUCUGCCAACAAUGGUAAUGAUGUUGGCCACACCAAUGGGGAUCUUCAUGCUGCAAACGUUGACAACAAUCAAGGUUCCGACAACAAUGACGAUCAUGCAUUGAUAAUGUGA